AGAUAUCCAUCUUGUAGCAAACGAUGAUUGUUUGCUUAUGUCUGCUCAUCAACCAGACUGUUCAGACUAUGCCUAAUGGCUUCACGGGGAUCGGAAAAGAAGCGUCCGGUACAUAGACGGAGUACUACUGGCUGUAUCACUUGUCGUAUCCGCCGCGUCAAAUGCGACGAGGCAAAACCAGCCUGUAAACGCUGCACCUCAACCGGUCGUCGAUGUGAUGGGUAUCGUCAAAGACAACAGCAGCCAGCACAACAACCAACAUCCUACAUGUCCAUCGGCAUCUCAAUAAUGGCAAAUGACAGCUUUAUCACUGACUCAGGCCGAGCAGCAUGUCAAGUGCGCUCAAGAAUGUCGUAUCAUUUAUUCGUCGAGUUGUAUACGCCUCUACUAUCUGAUUAUGGUACGGCGUGGUUUUGGAAUUCGUUGGUGCUGCAGGCUAGUGUUUGUGAUGAGAGUAUUAAGCAUUUGGUGAUUGCUGCGUCGAGUUUGCGAACGUCUUCUUCUCCUUCGAGAUUAUUGUCGAGUUUAACAGCAGUCGAAUCAAGACAGCCAGAGACGAGUCAUGACAAAAUUACCAACGUCUCAUUCCUACUUCACCAUGGAAGAGCACUACAGCUUCUCAGUUGUGCGUCUCAGCCGUCUAUUAUUAUUAUCCUGGUUGCUUGUGUAUUGCUCGCCCUAUGCGCUGAACUCCAGCAUCGAUCGACAGAAGCACAGGGACAUAUACAAGCAGGUCUGAGAAUUCUAGCUGCCCAUUAUCCUGAUAUAACGUCCGCGACGCCCCUGGGUGAAAUUGCGUCGACUUUUGCGAGGUUGUGUAUUCCGAAACCUGUUAUGCACGGGUUUGAGGAGUUGAGGCGGUCAAUUGGUUAUAGAUAA